GUUACAAAGCWCUAGGUACACGAGGGAAGCUGUMGAAAAAUUGGAAAGAAAGGUUUUUUUUAUAAGUUGAAAUUUUCGCUUCUUCAGCUGUUAUUUAAUAGUAUAAAAAGUAUAAAAUAUGUUUGUUCGAACAUUUAUUAGUCGGUCAAGUCGCAUUCUAUUGUCAGGAAGAAGUUUGAUUGCAAARCCUGCGACAGGAACAAGAUGGUGGUCGGUUUUGUCUGCGACCACUAGAACAGUUUCACAAAAACCUUUUGUGGGUGGCKUGUGUGCUUGUUCUAAAAUAUGUGCCUGUGGUGCGCACAAGAUAACACAAGGAGAUAAAGAUCUUCUGGGUUUCCUCAGCGAUGAAAUAAAAUUUGAGAAAGAUUCUUCCAAGGCUGCUCCUCCAUUAGACGGCUUUUCUGCAACACAUGAUGGUACAGUUGUUACUCUAGAGAGAGAAAUCAAUGGUGAAAAGAUUGUGGUAACAUUUGAUGUUAACCAAAAUAUCAAUGAAGAUGAGGCAUAURUCAGUGGUGAAGAAUCAGAAGACGAGAAAUCUGGUAGCCUAGAUGAUUCUGCACAGGCAGGAAAUAUUGUAUCUUAUCCAUAUUUUACAGUUGACAUCACAAAGAGCAAUGGCAAAACAUUGYGUUUCACUUGUGAAUACAAUCAAGGAGUUAUGACCAAGACAGAUAAUGCAGUUGAUGAUGAUGAUGAAUUAUUUCAAGUUGUAAAUGUAUCAGUAAUGUCGAGCCCUGACGCAGUCGACUCUAAAGGUCUUUAUGCAGCAGAAACAGAAAAUCUUGAUCCUAACCUUUACACCAUGCUUCUAAACAUGUUGGCAGAAAGAGGUGUUGACAGUGGUUUUACUCAACAAUUGUUAGAAUACAGCACUGCCCUGGAGCAUCACUAUUACAUUAAAUUCCUUGAAGACUUGGAGAACUUUAUCAAACAAAAGUAGACAUAAACAGAGUGUUCUGACAGUACAAAUUAAAGCCAAUUGAACAUAAUUAACUAUGAUUUGAAAUAUUGGAACAUUUUGCCCAACCAGUAAGCACUUAGGGAAAACUCUUUUAUAAUAAAGGAUGACGAUGGUCAGUGCCAUUAAAAAUCUUUGAGAUGG